AUGUCUGAGAAGAAAAACGUUGAGAAACGGAGGCUGAUCGAGGAACUGCACGCUCCGGCGAGGAGAAAUUUUCCGCGAAGACGCGUCAUAGUUUACGGAUAUGAUGACCUAUGGCAAGCAGAUUUGGUUGAGAUGCGACCUUACACGCGUUUCAACAAAGGUUACCACUACAUUCUUACCGUUAUCGAUGUAUUCAGCAAGUAUGCAUGGGCUGUACCGCUCACAACCAAGAGUGGAAAUGAGAUGGCUAAAGCAAUUUUCAAGAUAAUUCGAAACGAUGGAAGAUGUCCAAAAAAUUUGCAAACCGACAUGGGAAAGGAAUUUUACAACAUUUGA